CUGCUGUGGAGAAGACAAUGUGGAGGCCCUGACUGAACAAAAGGUUUCUGUUAGAUUGUCACAGGCAAGGAAUCCCAAGUUACCGUUGUCUUCCCAGAAGAGUCACCCCUGUGAGAGUUGUGGGCUAGUCCUGGGAAACAUUUUCCACGUGAUGGAGCUGCAGGGAACACAACACAGACAGAUACUGUUGAGGUGUGGAGCGUGUGCAAAAAGAUUUUCUUUGUGUGCAAAAUUUCACCAGCAGCAUGUGAGAGAGCAGACUUACAUUAGAGGUUUGGAAAGGAUGUCACUUGCAAACAGCUGCAAUUUCAAUGUGUCCCAGAAUCAUUUCACCAGUGGGGAGGUUGGGCAGAGUGUCUUUACCGAAUCUGGACAUCUCCACCUAAAGGCUACGCAGACCAGGGACAGUCCAACUGCUAUUUUGAUGCGUGGGAUGACGUUUCAACGUAGAAAAAAUUAUUUCAGCAGAAAAGAAUGUAAGAAAGACAUUAAUUGCAUCCACACGUUUAUUCAGGAAAAAGAUUUCCAUCUUGGAAGUGGGUGUUGUGUGCGCGCUGAAUGUGGAAAAUAUUUUACGAAAUUUUCUGGCUUUCAUUAUCAACAGAGAGGUCACACUGCAAAAAAGCAUUACAAAUGCAGUGAAUGUGGGAAAUCUUUUACCACUAAGAACAUUGUUCAGCAACAUCAGAGAGUUCAUAUGGGAGAAAAGCCUUAUAAAUGCAGUGAAUAUAGGAAGUCUUUUACCCAGAGCACUACCCUUCGUAUUCAUCAGAGAGUUCACACAGGAGAAAAGCCUUAUAAAUGUUGUGAAUGUGGGAAAUCUUUUUCUCGGAGCAUUGCCCUACGUUACCAUCAGACAGUUCAUACAGGAGAAAAGCCUUAUAAAUGCAGCGAAUGUGGAAAAUCUUUUACACGUAGAAAAAGUCUCAUAUAUCAUCAGAGAGUUCACACUGGAGAAAAGCCUUACCAAUGCAGUGAAUGUGGGAAAUCCUUUAUCCAGAGCACUAAUCUUCGUUUUCAUCAGAGAGUUCAUACAGGAGAAAAGCCAUAUCAAUGCAGUGAAUGUGGAAAAUCUUUUACCACUAAAGGAAUCCUUGCUCGACAUCAGAGAGUUCAUACAGGAGAAAGGCCUUAUAAAUGCAGUGAAUGUGGGAAAUCUUUUACCCGGAAAACCAACCUUCGUUAUCAUCAGACAGUUCAUACAGAAGAAAAGCCUUAUAAAUGCAGUGAAUGUGGAAAAUCAUAUAAAAGUAGCAAAGGGCUCCAAUAUCAUCAGACAGUUCACACUGGAGAAAAGCCUUUUCAAUGCAAUGAAUGUGGAAAAUGUUUUUCCACUAACACUGACCUUCAUAGACAUCAGAGAGUUCAUACGGGAGAAAAGCCUUAUCAGUGCAGUGAAUGUGGGAAAUCUUUUUCCCGGAGCACCGCCCUUCGUUACCAUCAGACAGUUCAUACAGGAGAAAAGCCGUAUAAAUGCAGUGAAUGUGGAAAAUCUUUUAGACGUAGAAAAAGUCUCCUGUAUCAUCAGAGAGUUCACACUGGAGAAAAGCCUUACCAAUGCAGUGAAUGUGGGAAAUCUUUUACCCGGAGCACUAAGCUUCGUCUUCAUCAGAGAGUUCAUACAGGAGAAAAGCCAUAUCAAUGUAGUGAAUGUGGAAAAUCUUUUACCACUAAAACCGUCCUUGAUCGACAUCAGAGUGUUCAUACAGGAGAAAAGCCUUAUAAAUGCACUGAGUGUGGGAAAUGUUUUACCCAGAGCUCUGCCCUAUGUAAUCAUCAGAGACUUCAUACAGGAGAAAAGCCAUAUGUAUGCAGUGAAUGUGGGAAAUCUUUUUCCCAGAGUUCUGGCCUAUGUCAUCAUCAGAGACUUCAUACAGGAGAAAAGCCAUAUAUAUGCAGUGAAUGUGGAAAAUCUUUUACCACUAAAAGAAUCCUUGAUCAACAUCAGAGAGUUCAUACGGGAGAAAAGCCUUAUAAAUGCAGUGAAUGUGGGAAAUCUUUUACCCUGAUAAGUAACCUUCGUUAUCAUCAGACAGUUCAUACAGAAGAAAAGCCUUAUAAAUGCAGUGAAUGUGGAAAAUCAUAUAAAAGUAGCAAUGGGCUCCAAUAUCAUCAGACAGUUCACACUGGAGAAAAGCCUUUUCAAUGCAAUGAAUGUGGAAAAUGUUUUUCCACUAACACUGAACUUCAUAGACAUCAGAGAGUUCAUACGGGAGAGAAGCCUUAUCAGUGCAGUGAAUGUGGGAAAUCUUUUGCUCGGAGCACUACCCUUCGUUACCAUCAGAGAGUUCAUACAGGAGAAAAGCCUUAUAAAUGCAGUGAAUGUGGAAAAUCUUUUACCAUUAAAACUGUCCUUGAUCGACAUCAGAGAGUUCAUACAGGAGAAAAGCCAUAUCAAUGCAGUGAAUGUGGAAAAUCUUUUACCACUAAAACAAUCCUUGAUCGACAUCAGAGAGUUCAUACGGGAGAAAAGCCUUAUAAGUGCACUGUAUGUGGGAAUUCUUUUAAAAAGAGCAGUGCUCUUCAGUGUCAUCAGAGAGUUCACACUGGAGAAAGCUAUUAAGAGUGCAAUUAAUGUGAGGUAUCUCUCAGCCAAAUUUCUAAAUUCCCUCUCCGCAUAAGAGUACAAAUGUGAGAAAUUUCUUAGAUGUGUAGUAAAUGUAAUUUCUUUGGACUUAACGAUAGUACAAGAAAAUUUGUGAGUCCUCAUUUUUCUGAAUUGUAUCAUACAUUUAAUCACCUACAUUAUGCAAUGUUCCCAUAAGUGUUUUUGCUGUUGUGCUUCUGUGUUUUUAUGUUGGAACAGUAUGUAAUUAUGUUGCACGUUCUAACAUACAGGAUGUACUGCCAGAUCUGUGUCACUGCAUAUUUCUGUUGCUGAAGGUAAUUCACCUGAACCACCUAUAAGGUCCCUACAGAUGGCCUCAAUCACCAUCCUUCUGUCCCCAGGGAUGUUAAGUCAGACUCUAAUUUGUUGACGGAAAUGAGGAAUACCUGAAUCCUUAGUUCUUUCUUCCAGCCCUGUCUUGUGUUGCCAAACAGGUCUCAUUACGGUUGGUCCCAGUAAACAUGUUGCAGAGGGACUGCCAUUUUCAGGGACACACUUUCCCUAGAUGCUAAUGAUGAGUUUAUUGUGUGCCUAAGUCACCAACGGGAGAACUGUCAAUGUCAUGUCUCUAUGGAUUGUAAAAUAAUGAAGGGUUUUUCUUAAGACUUCUUUAAUUUCUGGUGUUCUGUUUACUCAAUAGGUUAGUUUAUAAGGAGAUUUGGGCUUUCCAAGCAUGAAGAGGUGAAAAACUUUUAGGGGUCUCAAACAUUUUUCCCAUGGGGCAACAGUAUUGUUCAGGAAUUAGUUCAGCAGUUUUUGGCAAAUUUACAUUGCUGCCCAUAUUUUCCUAGGAAACACUGUGGACACUCUACUUCUCAUGUGAAGAUGGAUGCUUUGACACAUAGAGAUCACUCCAAAGAGAGGGUAGCUGUGACAACCUCAAGUAUGUCUAGAAACAUGAAAUUUUUUUCUUGUUUGCAAGCGAUGCCAAUACCUGUGAAGGAACCUCCUGCCCUGGUCUUGCAGAGGGCCAUGUGCCCUGAUGCCUUCAAUUCCAUGGGUGAUGGUCACUGGUUGGAGGACCAUCGCAGUGAGAGGAAACCCUUUCACUGCAGAAACACUGACCUAGUUGUUGUUGGACGAGACUGCAGCCCAUCAAGUGGAAUGGUCCUCAUCUAACUGUGCAUCCAGGAAUGUUUCUGAGGAAAAGACUAUAGGAGUGGUGUGUACACAGAUCUGAGGGACUCCAGGCAUGUUUAUCUUCUGUAGAGCAAUCAAUGUCAUUGAAUAUAAUCGAGGUUUUGUGGCUUCCUGUCACCUCCUAUAUGUUCCCAUCAGAGCCAUUGGUGUGCUGGCAGCAAAACCAAGACAAAGACAAAGGGUGUCUUUAGUCCAGGGAUGUCGCUUUUGUGAAGUAUAGUGUUUCAUAAAUCUUAACAUGUGCGUGAAACUGAAACCAUCAUUUAUACACAUAAUCCUGACCAUAUCUGUCACUGUGAACUUGCUUCAUGACCUCUUUUAAUCUCUCCCUGUUCUUUACAGCUUUCCUAGUAACCAUGGAUUUACAUUCCUUUUUAAUAGAUUACAUUUUCUAAAUAUAUUUCUGCUUUAAUUUAUGUUUCAUCCACACUUGGAGAUUUAUUAAAGAUAUAUUAGUAACUCAUCUUUUUUUGUUCUGAGAAACAGUCGUAUAUUUGAAUUUAUCACCAACAGUUUAUCCAUUUUUUAUAAAUAUUUAUUUAAUAAAGCUGAUACAAACAUUUCUGUAUAAAUCUUUAUAGCAUACAGAUUACCAGUGCACGUAUUCAUGCACCAGUGGGGUGCCUCAGCCUGGCCUGUGGGAUCAGGCUGAAACCAGCUCACCGAUAUCCCCCAGGGGUCCUGGAUUGCUACAGGGUGCAUGCCAGGCCACAGGACCCCACCAGUGCAUGAUCGGAGCUGGGGAGGGACACAGAAGGUUGGCUAGCCAGCGAGGGACCUGGGGAGGGCUUCAGGGCUUGUCUGGCCUGUCUUGUUCAGUCCUGGUCGGCUGGACCAGCUGAAAGCUUACCUAACUGUAGGAGUGUCUGCCCCCUGGUGGUCAGUGCACAUCAUAGCGAGCAAUUGAGCAGCCUUAGCAUAUCAUUAGCAUAUUACACUUUGAUUGGUUGAAUGGCUGAAUAGACACUUAGCAUUUUAGGCUUUUAUUAUAUAGGAUAAGUGUUAUUGACUUUUGUCAGAUAUUUGUAUAAUCUGAGUUGUUGGGUGAAUGUUUAUAUUUACAGAGAUUAGCAAAUUGUCGUCUAAACUGCAUAUACUACCCAAGCUGGUGUGGCUCAGUUCUUGGGCAUCUUCCAGUACACCACAGGGUUAUGGAUUUGAUUGUUGGUGGGGAUAUGUACCUGGGUUAUGGGUUAGAUCCACGCAAGUGGGUGUGCAGGAGGUGGCUGGCCAAUAAGGCACUCUUCCAUCAAUGUUUCUCUUCCUCUCCCUUCUCUCCCUAAAAAUUAGUAAACUCUUCUUUAAGAAUAAAAAAUAAGCAUUAACUGAUUGUACGUUUUUGCAUUUCUACAACAGUCUGUGAGGGAUACACAUUCACAUUCUAAAGAACCUUUUGUUUGGUCAAUCAUUCUUUAGGUAAACAAUUUUUUUUUGGUAACUUUGUCCUGCUACCUCACUGUUUAGUUGUAUUUUUUCUAGAAAUUUAUGGUGAGUCUUUUGUCUGAUGUGUAUUUGCUGUGUCUGUAUCUUUAUUAAAACUGCUGAUCAUA